AGUCCUCGGAACAUACGCGCCGGUGACGAACGUGCGUGCCCGCUCAGCUAGUCGUUUAUCUCGUAACCUGAAAACGAAUAAGUUAGUAACCGAUUUGUCAAAUAAAAGUUGGAAUUGUUCCUAAUUGUUACAGACGACGUGUAUGUGAUACUGUUGUGCGAGUUGGGAAUUUGAAACUUUUUGCAAAAUUGAGGAUACUGUGGAAGGAAUACGAAAUAAAAUGUGUAUAUGCAAGUGCAGAACUAAUAACCUUGCCAAAGAAACAGAAGACAUUUGAAUGCUAAAAUAUUGCCGAUAUGGUUGAAUGUGAAUGGUCAGUGCUAUAUGGACUGCAGAUAACUGGAAUGGCGAUGCUCCCAUCCUAUGGAAGCCGCGUACUAGUGGUUUUCUUUGCCACUCUCUUUUGGGGGAUGGGUGUCCGAGGCCUCCACAACUUGGAGAUCAACGUCCCGGACGCAGUACUUGUCGGGGAAACGGUGACACUCGAAUGUAGCUGGCAACUUGAAGACGAAGAAGCCCUGUACAGCGUAAAGUGGUAUCGCGGCAGGGAAGAGUUUUACCGCUACAUCCCGAAAGAGUUACCUCAUACCAGAGUGUUCCCGUUACCAGGGAUCGAAGUAGACAUAUCCCGCUCUGGUGCCAGGAGGGUGGUGUUACAGCAAGCGACGCCUGCAAUGGCUGGGAGAUUUCGAUGCGAAGUAUCUGCGGAUGCACCUACCUUCCAUACUGAAAUACGAUCCGCGCCUCUAGAAGUAGUCGAACCACCUGAAUGGGGUCCAAAGUUAGUGUCGGAUCGGUCGUGGUACGGCGUAGGAUCAACACUGCGGGCAACAUGUGCCUCUCCACCCGCUUAUCCACCAGCUAACCUCACGUUCGCGCUAAACGGAAGAGAGACCGACAUGGAUUCGUUCGUGCACGAGCUACCACAGUGGUUCAAAUGGGAUCCACCACCUAAAUCGGAGACAACAACCACCGAUCAGCCUGACGAGGACCCAAACUUCAACAUAUUCCACGACGACAGUAACAUACAGUACUUGGACGAGUCCUACAUAAAUUUACACAAGGAGGAAAUACGACGACCACCAAAGGAAAAUUUAAAAACAGUUUUUGAACGGACCGGACCCGAUAACAGGCUGCCUUCUGCAGGGGAGGUGUCUUUUGUCGUUAGGAACGAAGCCUUCGAGCGUGGCAGCUUGCGCCUAACCUGUAUAGCCAGUAUAUACAACCUGUACGCUGCCCGUUCGGAACUAAUAUUCGACAUGGAGCAACCAGAGGUUGCUUCAGUAUUAGGAGUACGUAAUAGUGCUGAUUCAAUUACCUUCUGUGUGAUGCGGAUAGUCGCCUCACUAAUGCCGUUUUUAUACAACAUCCGGUAGUUAGUUUAAUCAUCUAACUGUAUUAAUUAAUUAAGUACAAAUAUUUGUAAUUAACCACAGUUGUAAAGUUAAUAUAAAAUCCUCAUUUUGUACAAAUUCAUUUAACAUAUCCAACUGUAACAAUUUAUCUUCCAUUAGGAUCAUGUCGUUAUCAACGAAUUUCAAUGAUAAUAUCCAACUUCACCUUAUGAAUUAUAAACUUAUUUUACAAGAAAAAAAAAACGAUAUGUACACCAAUUCUUUAGUAUUCAAAGUUGUCUCGGGCCCAAUUUCAUGUUAACUAAAGCGUCCUAGUCGAAAAUAAUUGUUUAUAAAUUCCUUCAUUGGUGUGAAUCAUUCAUAGUGUUCUCUUAUUAUAUCAAAUCGUUGCAUAAAAGCUAUUCUGUUGGUGGUUUAGAUAUUGUUAUAACAUUUUUUUUUUAUCUCAGUGUCUUCGCAACUGGAUAUUUAUUUGAAUUAUUAAAAUAGGCGCAAAUUCAGUGAAUGGACCUGAGAAUAUGUAAUGGUGUUCAAAACACCAUUACUGCAGUUUUACGAAGAAUAUACUGAUUUUGGACGCAUAAAUAUUAAAUUCUCUGAAUUAACAAAAAAAUAUCAAAAGUAUAUAUAUCUUUUUUAAUCAACGGCUUAAUCUCUAGAUUUUACGCUUUAAAAAUUUUGUUUCUUCCUGGCGGCUUUCUACUAAGACAUCCGUUCUCAUUAAAAUACGCUUUAAAGAUUCCUCUUAAGUAGAUCUCUAUAAAAAUCGUGCUAGGUUUUAGUUCGGUCCACGACAUUUUAGCUUUACUUUUUAAUCCUAAUUUAUAAAAUGUUCAUAGUACACCCUCGCAAAACAAACUAUUUGAAAUCAGCCAAGGUAUUAGCUAUAGGUGAGAUAGGCCAAACCUAGAUAGCAUUUUAAGACAGGUGUAGACUUUAAAAUUACACAACUAGGUAUAUAUUAAGGAUAAACUAAAUGUGAUAAGGUUUGUUUAUGAAACAAAUAGUAUCAAUGUUAUUUAUUUACUUAAUAAAUUACAUUGUUUUAUUAAGAAAAAAGCAGAGUGAAGUUAUAUAUGAAUUAUUUCCGUUCUUCAAUAAUUUUAUAGCACAUUAUUUGUUAUUUGAUACUAAUGCAACCAUUUACUUCUAGAUCAAGUUUAAGAGUGUAUAGAGAUAAGAUAAAGAUAAGAUAAGAGAAAAUUCACCUAACUGAAUUUUAAUAUAUUGAUUCUUGCUAUUAAUUUAAUAGCUUAUUAAUUUAGUUAAUCUACAGACUAAAAUAACUUUCAAUAACUGUGUACUUACACAGUGUACGUCGAACACUCAAAUGAGAGUCGUAAAUCGCGCAUUCAUCCUUCAAAAUGUAAUUUGAGUGAUCAUAUUGAAAUGAACGAAGUGUUGUUAAAAUUAUUGUGGCACGGAAUUUAUAAGUUCAUAAUUAAAAAGUGUGUAACAAUUAUUUAUAUGAAAUAUGGAAAGGUAAUUGUUAGUGCACGAAUCAUAAACCCUUGUAAAAGACUGAUGGAUUUAUAAAAUUAUCAGUGAAAAAGAUUUAUUAAACAAAUAUUACUUAACAAACCAUAAACUCUUGGAAAAUCAUAUGUUAACUUUAUAGAAAAUUGUGAAUAUUGAUAUAAGUGUAAAAAUUGAUUGAAUGAACUUUUAUGUAGGCAUUUUGAAACAACUUGCCUCUAAAUUGUAUGUAUCUACUAUACUGUUGCUACUUACAACUUAAGAAGUUGGCUGUUUAAUAGGUAAUUUAAAAGGGCGCGUAAACCCAAAAAAUACUUUUUUUUCUACUGGUCAAUAUAGAAAUGACUUUCUUAAUUCUUUAUGCAAAACUAUAAACUACUUAGAAAUUUUCUUGUGAAUUCAUAUAAUAUUUUCUCAAUAGAAAAAAAAAAUUACAAAGUUACCCCUGAAAUUCACCAUUUCCCAUUUUUAUAUAAAAAAAUUGCCGAGAAUUAUGAAUCACUUUAAAAAUAAUAAUUAAUUUUAGUUACAAGUUUGCAAAUCUGUUUUUUUCAUUGUUUGGGUUUUACGUUCCCUCUUAAGUUUUCAUAAAUAUAGAAAUUUACUAUCGAAAUGGUGUUAUUUGUUAGGUAAUUGUAAAUAAUUACUAUAGUUAAUUGCUGUAAAUUAUUCCGAAUGAAUAGAUUAUAAUAAAAAAACAUUGAAACAAUAUUUCUUUUUAUUAAAACUAAUACCAUUUUUAAUUUAUAAUUUUAGUUAUAGUAAUUGAUUUUCUAUUAUGUAUUAUUUUCGCAUUGUUCCUCAUUGUGUACUUACAUUCCAAGGAAUAAAACAAAUUUAGGAAGGUAAUUACCAGCUUAUUUGUAUGGCGUCUUCGAGUGCUUAAGAAUUGUUUUUUUAAAGAAAAGGUAAAAAUGCCGCCUUAUUAUGAAACGAGGUAUAGCUUUAGUACCAGGUAUAAACAAUUAUCCGUCCAAAAUAAGUUAACACACCCAGUUUUAAGUUUUCUCUUCUGUCAUUAUCAAUUUGCUUUUGACGGCCAUUGGUUCAAAUCAAGUACUAACUUUUAUGAUAAUUCGUUUUAUGAUAAGACGGAUGAAGUUGCAAUUUUUUAUAGAAAUUGCAGAAUAUAUAAAUGUAAAUCGUAAAUUAAUACAUACUUAUCCCGUUGACCAUAUUAAAUGAAGAAGCCUUAUAGUUCUUAUCAAUUAACGUUGCCUAAUAAUUAUGCCUAUUUUUUAUAAAAAGUAUAAACUAAAAUCUUGUAAAACAAUUGCAAAAUUACACUAGGAUUGGACAAAUCAUUCAUUUUAGUCUGUUUUAUUUAUUUAUUUAUUUAUUUAUUUAUUUAUUACAAACAAGUCUUAAAAGCUAACAGAUGUUUCCAUCCAAAACGCUUGCAAGAUUAGAUUAUAAAAAAAUGUUAAAUUUAAAUAAAGAACAUACAAUAAGACAUAAUAACACUUAAAUUAUGAUGAUCAAAUAUUAAUAACAAUGUCAAAAAAUAUAGGUCAAAUCAAAUUACAAUAAAAAUCUAAUAAUAGAAUUAAAUGUCAGCAAUACAAAAAUAUGAAAAAUUAAAUGUCAUUGUCAAUCUACAAACUAAUAAUUGAAUUUCUACAGGUACAAAUAAUCAAUAUUAACAAAAAAAAAAAUAAUAGUACAAGAAUAGUUUUAUCAGGAUGAAGUAAAGUUGUCAUUUAGGAAUUUCCGAAAUUGAUUAUAUAAAUAAUUAAAAUUAUCGGCAAAUAUAUCCAGUUCAUA